AUGGAUCAAGAACGAGAAGCCAAAGUAAUGAACAACCAUCACUUCUUGAUCGUCUUUUACCCGAUCCAAGGCCAUAUCAAUCCGUCCCUCCAGCUAGCGAAAAAUAUCGUACGCAAUGGUGCAAGAGUUACCUUAGCCACCCAGAACAGUGGCCUUAAACAAAUAAAAUCUCUCCCAACGCUGAAGGGCUUGUCAUAUGCUUCCAUUUCCGGUGAUCAGGGCGAUGAUGACUCACAAAACCGGAAAGAUUUUUCAAGCUCCGUACUCGAAUUUAGGUGCACAGGUUCCCAAAAUCUCGCCAAUCUAGUCCGAAAGUUUUCAGCCGAUGGGGAACCGGUGACCCUUAUAGUUUACACCAUCCUGCUUCCUUGGGUGGCUGUGGUGGCCCGUGAUCUUCAGGUACCAUCUGCUUUUCUUUUUAAUCAGUGUGCCACUGUUUUUUCCAUUUUCGUCCGCUUCUUCAAUAGCAAAGAUGGUCUACAUCAUGGCGAAAUGGAUCCUCCCAUCUCAAUAAAACUACCGGCGUUGCCAUUAUUUUCUUCAAGAGACUUGCCCACCUCUCUCUUACCGGAUGAUCCUAUGAGUGGUUUCAUUGUCCCUAUCAUCCUAGAACACAUACAAAUCCUGGAGCAAGACCCCGCAUCAUUUGUUCUUAUUAAUACAUUUGAAGGAUUAGAACAAGAACCAAUCAAAGAAAUCACCAAUAUGAAGGUUAUUUCAGUUGGCCCCUUAGUACCAUCAGCUUUCUGUGAUGGAAAUGACUUGACAGACAAAUCUUUUGGUGGCGAUUUAUUCAGCAAAUCUGAAGACUAUUUUCAGUGGCUAGACUCAAAGCCGAAGGGUUCAGUGAUCUAUGUUUCAUUUGGAAGCUUAGUAGUUUUAAAGAAUGAGCAAAAAGAAGAGAUUUUGCAUGCACUAGUGGAAUUUGGGAGGCCUUUUCUUUGGUUUUCCGACCAACCGACGAAUGCAAAAUUGGUGGAGGAGGCUUGGGCCAUUGGAGUGAGAGCAAAACAAAAUGGGGAAAGUAUUAUUGAAAGAGGAGAACUCAAGAAAUGCUUGGACAUUGUGAUGGGGGGUGGAGAUAGAGGUAAUGAAAUGAAAGAAAAUGCUGUUAAAUGGAGACAUUUGGCUAUACAAGCUGUUAAAGAAGGGGGUUCUACCUACAACAAUCUCAAAAGGCUUUUAGACAUGGAGACAGUAAUUAUGAAAGCGAUCAUGAGUCGAUAA